AUGCCUCCAAGUCCAAUGAAUACGGCCGGCGCUCCAUCAAGCUCGGCGACGCCGCUUAUCAGACUUUCGCCGCUCCCAUUAUUCCCUACUUCUCCAAGCCGUACCAGUGCGUCUCGCCGUGGCAAUGCCCUCGACCGCAUCGAUAAACGAUUUCCCGUCGUCAAGAAGCCUACUGAGGAGCUUUACCGAGAUACGAGGGCUCUUAUUCUCCUCCCAUACCACAAGGGUCUCGAGGGCAAGGAUCACGUCUUCCAGGUCUACAGCUCGGAAGCUAAGAAGAACGAGCAAGCAGGCCUUGUCGCCCACGGAAAGGCUGCAGCUACCACCGUCCUCGUCGUUAGCAACGAGACCCUCUUUUGGAUCAGCUCCUUCUUGCACCAGAAGAAGGCCGAGACUAUCAACACGGUCAAUGAGAAGAUCAACCAGUAA